UAAGCUCGCUGUCACCGUCUCGCCACAUCUAACGUCAGCUAACCAGAGGUGUCAAUGCGAUGAGCCGUGAAUUCAUUGACCAUGGCUCACUUACGGAUGUGCUUGUCCGUCGCUGUGCUGCAGCUGGUCCUGUUCAGAAGCUCGGAGGCUCUUUGGUGUAACUGCACCACUGCCCAGUGUCAGAGGACCGGCUUCCAGUGUGAGACCGAUGGAGCCUGUAUGGCUUCCACCUCCUUCAUUGAAGGCGUAGAGCAGCACAUACGUAUCUGCAUCACUCGGGACAACCUGGUGCCCCCUGGACAGCCCUUCUACUGCCUCGGUGCCGAGGGCUUGCUCAACAUCCACUGCUGCUACACUGACUACUGCAACAGCAUCGACCUCAAAGUACCCUCAGUGACCACUCCGUCAGGACUGGAGGGCGGCUACGGCCCUGGUGGAACAUGGGGGCUGGUGGAACUGGUCGCUGUGAUUGCAGGGCCGCUGUUCCUGCUGUGUCUGCUGCUGUUGGUGAGCUUGUUCCUGUAUCAGUACCACCAGAGGGCCUACAACUACAGGCAGAGGCUGGAGAUGGAGGACCCCUCCUGUGACCACCUGUACAUGGCCAAAGACCGGACCCUGCAGGACCUCAUUUAUGAUCUCUCCACAUCUGGUUCAGGCUCAGGUCUGCCUCUGUUUGUCCAACGGACGGUGGCCAGAACUAUCGUCCUGCAGGAGAUCAUUGGAAAGGGGCGUUUUGGAGAGGUGUGGCGAGGACGUUGGAGGGGGGGCGAUGUGGCAGUGAAGAUCUUCUCAUCCAGAGAAGAGCGCUCCUGGUUCCGUGAGGCUGAGAUCUAUCAGACCAUCAUGCUCCGUCAUGAGAACAUUCUGGGCUUUAUAGCUGCUGACAAUAAAGAUAAUGGCACAUGGACCCAGCUGUGGUUAGUGUCAGAUUACCAUGAGCACGGCUCUCUGUUUGACUACCUAAACCGCUACUCUGUCACUACUGAAGGAAUGAUCAAACUGGCACUCUCGGCUGCCAGCGGCCUCGCACAUCUGCACAUGGAGAUACUUGGAACGCAAGGAAAGCCAGGCAUCGCCCACAGAGAUCUGAAGUCCAAGAACAUCCUUGUGAAGAAGAACUGCACCUGUGCUAUUGCUGACCUGGGUCUGGCCGUCCGUCAUGACUCUGCCAACGACACUAUUGACAUCGCCCCCAAUCAAAGGGUGGGCACCAAGAGGUACAUGGCUCCCGAGGUUCUGGAUGAGACUAUCAACAUGAGACACUUUGACUCGUUCAAAUGUGCCGACAUCUACGCCUUGGGGCUGGUCUACUGGGAGAUCGCCCGUCGCUGUAACAGUGGAGGGAUCCAUGAAGAGUACCAGUUGCCCUACUAUGACCUGGUACCUUCUGAUCCGUCCAUAGAGGAGAUGAGGAAAGUGGCGUGUGACCAAAAGCUACGACCCAACAUCCCAAAUUGGUGGCAGAGCUAUGAGGCUCUGCGGGUCAUGGGUAAGAUCAUGAGGGAGUGUUGGUAUGCGAAUGGAGCUGCCCGCCUGACAGCCUUGCGAGUGAAAAAGACGCUGUCCCAGCUCAGCAUUCAAGAGGACAUUAAAGUCUAAGUGGAGUCAGCAGAGCACUGGGGAGGAGCACUGAGCGGGGCCCGGCUCCAGAUUGUAGGACAGUGAGACGGAGGCUCCGGGCCCUUCUCCGAAGAACGCACAAAGUAAGAGAACCUGAUGGAGAGUGGCACUUUGUAAAAUAUUUGUCCAUAGACACUCCUGCCAGUUUUGAAGCCACUUGAUUUCUGACAAACCCUACCUCGCUUACCCAGCCAAACUACCAAGAACACCUUUCCUGUCUUGUCCACAGCUACUGCUGCCCUACCUGAACCUUUCUGUUCCUCUCUACACUCCAUACUAACAAGGAUCCUUGAGUUUCCUGUGUAAUUAAUUGUAUGCAAUCAAUAGCAGGACAUGUAAUUAACCAGUCAACAUUGUAAAAAUAAGUUGCUGAUCCAUUAUGCUUGAUAGUCGACGAUCAAAAUUCACUUUUAUUGUCCUUGGAAGGGGACGGGCUUGGAGGGUUAGGGGUGUUUUAACUUAUUUUUUACCUAUUCUGUGAUUUAAGUGACUAGAUCUAAUCUAUAUGGGUGUUUGUGAGGCAACUGUGGCCGGGGCUACAGCCCACAGGCACAUGACAAACGGCUUAUAAAUCAUUAGAGAAUAAUCCGUCUGGUUCUGCUGCAGUGUUGUCGUUUAGUUCAGUGCAGAUUACCAUGUCAUCAUGUGCAGUUGAGACAGUUUGUGUAAGUUGACUUUCAGCAAGGUGUUCCAAACGUUCACUGGAGCAUUACGGCCGGGCUGCACUGGACACGUGUGGAUCGCAGAAAGUCUCACGUUUCAUCUCGAUGCCCAUGUUAUCAGGUUAGAGUGGUCACACUGCCUGUGUGAGCCACGCAUCUCAGGUGCAUUUCACACAUGUGGAGCCCUCUCCUCUAGAGAGGCGGGAUCCCGGCUAUUUUCACCACGUGGCGCGCACGAUUCCCAGCUAAAUAGACAGCGAAAAUUAUCUUUCACCAGUUUUAAUUUCUAUAUCUGUCAAAUGGGUUGCAAGCGUACAUUUUUUUGCAACAGAUCCUUUACCAAAGUAAAGAGCUGAAUCCAUUCCAGAAAAUUCAUGUAGCAGCUCCGCAAGCAAUCACAUUGGCAAGACACAGCAGAUCAGCGUGACGGUCCACAUGUACCCAGUGCGGCCCGGGCAGAAGGGCACCUUGCAAAGCAUGAUUUAGCCUUUCCCAUAAACUGUUGUAAUCCUCAGGUUGUCUUCAUCAAUCAAAGAUUUUUUUCAGUUUAAAAAUAGCUUAAGAAAUAUACCCAUGUAGGGUUUUUUAAAUAAUAAUGCAUUUUUCUAGGAUGGAGGAUUUGACUUGUUGAGUGACAGCUCCCGGUCAUCUGAUACUGUAGGUUUCAUGUCACCCGCUGGCUUCAGAUCUGGACACUACUAAUGCAAAACACUACAGGCAGCAUGUUGCACAGUGGUAUAUGUAGUCUGUUUAUAUGAUGGUGUCCUAUUCUGAAUGCAGCUGCUGUCUCUCUCUCUCUCAGUGAAACCACAGAGCGUAACCUGCCAUGAGUGUGUACAAUGGUUCCAGUCCCUCAGAUAAGCUGGUAUACACAGAUGAACCUUUGCAGCUGCCAAUACUAUUUACACUGUAGAUUAAAUGCGAGGUGGUAUUGUAUUGUUUUUAUUCACUUUUAACACUAACUCCAGGAAUCUGAGUAGUAGUUUUGUUUGUUUUAUUUCAUAUUGUCAAAGCAUGACCAGUGUUCUUUUGCCCUCGGGCUCAUUUACCCUGGCCAAGUAUAACUACUGCACAUUAACUAGCUUUUUCAGGUGAUACUUGUGUAUAUAUAUAUAUAUAUAUAUUUGAUUGAUACUUAGGGCAUGUUUUAGAUGGUUGAAUCUCUUAUACCAGCUUUUUGGUUGGUGGGAAGAAAAUCAAAGACUUCUGUUUCAAAAAGAAUCACGUAACAGUCUACUUUCUGACCUCUGAAGUAACAUUACUGUAUGAUUGUCAAACACUGCUUUUGUUGACCUGUUAUUUUGUCGCUCUCUGAUAAAGGAGAGGAAUAUUUGAUUUUUGAAUCCCCGCUCCCCCCCGCGGUUCCUUUUUGUAUACCAUGCAUUACUUACCCAAUGUGCGAACUGUAUGUGAUCCGUUUCCUUUGUGCUAAAGUUGUCAGAAAUCCAUCUACAGUUUUUUUUUCAGGAAAGAGAUGCACUUUUGUCUUCUAGUUGUAUGCAAAAGCAACAGGUACUGUUUGUGUGAAUAGUCUGUCCCAUGUUAUUUGUGUGUGUAGGCUGUGAGUACCUCUAUGAAAACCUGAAAGGCCACGAUGUGCACUACUACUGACCUCACAGCAUUAAAACCAAAUUAUUCUCAGAAUCAUCUUUGCUCAGUGUUGAUUUAAGAUCGCGCCACUGAAAACGAGAAUGUUUACACAAACCACGGCAGUCGGUUGCAGUACACUCCGGAGAGAAUCAGACUUUUCUUUGGAAUCUCUGGGAGAAGAAACUAAAUACUACUGAAAUGAGUCAACACCGUCUCCAAUGUGUUUGACCAGUACUUAAUCAUUUAGAUCUCCUCGCUCACCUUUACUGUAUUGUUAAAGUCUUAGGGGAUGUGAGCAAGAAGAGACAGACUGCACUCGAUGCUGUUGUUUUUGGCUGGACACACUGGGAAGCUCUGCAGUUUAUGUGGUUGAAUGUCAUCCAUAAACACUAGAGAGGUAUGUUUGUCAAAUUGUAUUUGCCUUACAAUGUUAAACAAAAUUAACUGCAUAGUGUAUUUAAAGGCUUUACCACCUUGCUCCAGUAGUGGGAUGUUGGGAAGAAAUUGGGUAUUAAACCACAAAUUGUGUUAACUUCCAGGUCUCUGUCCAGUUAUAGCAAAGAGACAAUUGUAUCCAUGUACAAACCCCUUCAGGACUUCAAUCAUGUAUCUUCUAAUAUAGAGUAAUAAAUACAUUGGUUUUCCUAUGUUG